GAGAGUUGAACACUGGAGGACUGACAGCUGUCCUUCAUCACAACAGGAGCCACAGAAAUCCUCCUCCUCCUCCUCAUCCAAAAACAUGACUUUGAUCUGCAUCCUCAUCUGGACUCUCCUCCUCUGCUGCUGCUUCACAGAGUCCAGAGGACAGGUCACAGUGACUCAGCCUGCAGCAGUGAGAUCUGCUCUGGGAGCCUCUGUCACCGUCUCAUGUAGGACCAGUCAGAAUGUAGAUACUACGAACAGCAAACCCGACUUAGCCUGGUACCAACAGAAAGAUGGAGGAACUCCUAAACUGCUGAUUUUCUCUGGUAGCACUCGAGUAUCGGGGACUUCAAGUCGUUUUACAGGCAGUGGAUCACGCUCUGACUUCACUCUCACCAUCAGUGGAGUCCAGACUGAAGACGCAGCAGUUUACUACUGUCAGAGUGUACAUGAUAUCAACAGUCAGUAUGUGUUCACACAGUCAGCAUGCUCCAGUGAUCGGGGAGAGUUUAAAGUCCUGAGAGUUGAACACUGGAGGACUGACAGCUGUCCUUCAUCACACCAGAAGCCACAGAAAUCCUCCUCCUCCUCCUCGUCCAAAAACAUGACUUUGAUCUGCGUCCUCAUCUGGACUCUCCUCCUCUGCUGCUGCUUCACAGAGUCCAGAGGACAGGUCACAGUGACUCAGCCUGCAGCAGUGAGAUCUGCUCUGGGAGCCUCUGUCACCGUCUCAUGUACAACCAGUGAGGAUGUAGAUACUACGGACUAUGAACCCGACUUAGCCUGGUACCAACAGAAAGAUGGAGGAACUCCUAAACUGCUGAUUUACUCUGGUAGCACUCGAGUAUCGGGGACUUCAAGUCGUUUUACAGGCAGUGGAUCAAACUCUGACUUCACUCUGACCAUCAGUGGAGUCCAGACUGAAGACGCAGCAGUUUACUACUGUCAGAGUUAUCACACUGGAGGUGUGUUCACACAGUGAAAAAGCGUCGUACAAAAACCUCCCUCAGUCAGCCUGAACAGAAACCAGACUGACUGCUGCAGCAGGAAGCUUCUGUAGAGACUGACACACUUCACUGAGGACACACACUCAAACACUACACUGACUGGUUUCCAUCACCUCUUCCCUGUAGUACAAAAGCUACACAAUCAAUUAUUCAAUAUCAUAUAUUACCACUAUACAGUACUUAGCAUUUCAAAAUGAACCCUUGGCAUAUGUCAGAUAUUUAUGAAAAGAUUUUUAGUGUUGUCCUCGUUCUCUUCUCAAAGGUGACUUCAAGAGAGUGUGGGGGUAAAGCCGAUCACAGAGCCAGCCUCUUUGAUCAGCUUAUUGAUCCUAUUUGUAUCAUCCAAACAGAAGCUGCACCCCCAACAGCACAGAACAGCAUAAAAGAGGACACUAGCCAAGAUACAAAACGUACAGAAGGUUCUUGCUAAAGUCAGAGGAUCUAAGCUUCCUUAAGAGUCUUUACUGAGCCUUAUUGAAUACGACAUUAGUGUCCUUUUUCUAAUUUAAUUUACUGUCCAUGAAGACAUCGAGAUAUUUAUGAAACUGGACAGUUUGGAUCUGCUAUGAGGGGAAACAUCGUCUUUCUUUCUUCUGAAAUAAAUAAUAUGUUCCUUUGUCUUUCCAACAUUCAAUAUGCAUCACACCAGCUGACUAAAGAUUCAAUCUCUAUUUUUGUUGGUCAGAUUGUUGCCUUGGGUAAGUAGGUGCACGAGUGCAGUAACAUCUGAAAACUUGUGGACAUGAUGCCUGUGCACACUAACACAAUCAGGACCUGGAGAGAUGUCAGUGGGGCUGCUACACACUGCGACACAGGGAGAACAACAGAGCUGUUGGGGGCUCGGUGUCUUGCUCUAGGACACCUCUAUAGCACUCGGAGAGUGACCUGGAACCUGGCAGCUUCCAUACUUUGAUGUGUACAGGGACUUGAACCAGCGACCCUCGGGUUCCCAAACAAGGUCCCUACAGACUGAGCUACUGCCACCACAAAUAUAUAAAAUACAGGGCCCGCUCUAUCAACUGAGCUAAACUGGUGCCCUGCAGAGGAAAGGUUAGUCUGCACUGACAGAACUAUAUGUCUUGUAUAAGACUCUUUAAGUCUUCUUAAAGUCAUCAACUACCUCAGAGGUUCCAAACUUGUUUCCAUUAGAGUCCUCCUAAUUAUAUCCAAGAAAAGCAGAGCACCCAAAGCACCCACAGGUAAAAGAACGAGUUUACUACUGUCAAAAAUUAAAAAACAUUUGAAUUGUUUUCAUUGAUUAAUAUGUCUUUUCGUGAGAUAAGUCUUAAAUCUUUUUAUUUUGACAUCCAAACAGAAUAUGCAGAACACCAAGAGACCUUUGCAUAAACUUACCACGAUAUAUGUUUUCAUGAUUUUAAUUAAUAUAUUUAAACCACAGAGCAGGCUUUGAACAACAUGCCAGAAGCAAUGUUUUAUCACUUUAUGCAGAUGAUGCCAUCCGAUUUAUUUCUAACACAUUUCUUACCCACCUUCAUUAUUUUCAGAGAUUUAACAAUUCAAAACAUCAGUCAUCAGAUUGAGACGUUUCACCAUCUUCAACAGCAGAUUUUGAUGAUAUAAGAUUAUUUGGAAGUUUUACAUUGCUAUAUAUUUUUUUUUUUUUUUUAGCUGAAAUUACCAAAGUCCGUUCAAAAAUUGUUAACCUGAGAAGA